AGAUAAUCGAGCGAACCCGGAAGCGUUCCCAAAAUCGGCCGUGACUGCUUUUCAUUGAGAGCUGCUGCCUUAAACCAACCACCGCAAACAAAUCCCUUCACACCGGGCCGUCUGCUCUAUUUCACCUGCAGGUAGACCAAAGGAGAGCGAGCAUGGCUGGUCGGCUGCCGGCUUGUGUUGUCGACUGUGGCACAGGGUACACAAAGCUUGGUUAUGCAGGAAAUACAGAACCACAGUUCAUCAUACCUUCAUGUAUCGCAAUCAAGGAGUCGGCCAAGGUCGGAGACCAGGCCCAGCGCAGGAUGAUGAAGGGUGUUGAUGAUCUGGACUUCUUCAUCGGGGAUGAAGCCAUCGACAAGCCAUCGUAUGCGACAAAGUGGCCCAUCCGUCACGGGAUAGUGGAGGACUGGGACCUGAUGGAGAGAUUUAUGGAGCAGAUCAUCUUCAAGUAUCUGCGGGCAGAACCUGAAGACCAUUACUUUCUUUUGACAGAGCCUCCCCUCAACACACCAGAAAACAGAGAGUAUACAGCAGAGAUCAUGUUCGAGUCGUUCAACGUCCCGGGUCUCUACAUCGCCGUUCAGGCUGUCCUGGCGCUGGCUGCCUCCUGGACAUCCAGACAGGUGGGAGAACGGACGCUGACGGGGACUGUGAUCGACAGCGGAGACGGAGUCACACACGUCAUCCCAGUGGCUGAGGGCUACGUCAUCGGAAGCUGCAUUAAGCACAUCCCCAUCGCUGGCCGGGACAUCACGUACUUCACCCAACAGCUGCUGAGGGAACGAGAGGUGGGGAUACCUCCGGAGCAGUCCCUGGAGACGGCUAAAGCUGUCAAGGAGCGGUUUAGCUACGUCUGCCCUGACCUUGUUAAGGAGUUUAACAAGUACGACACAGACGGCUCCAAGUGGAUCAAACAGUACACGGGCAUCAACGCCAUCUCCAAGAAGGAGUUCACCAUCGAUGUCGGCUACGAGCGCUUCCUGGGGCCUGAGAUCUUCUUCCAUCCUGAGUUUGCCAACCCAGACUUUACCCAGCCGAUCUCAGAGGUGGUGGACGAAGUCAUCCAGAACUGCCCCAUUGAUGUCAGACGUCCGCUGUACAAGAACAUCGUGCUCUCCGGAGGCUCCACCAUGUUCAGGGACUUUGGCAGACGCCUGCAGAGGGACCUCAAGAGGACCGUGGACGCACGGCUGAAAAUGAGCGAAGAGCUGAGCGGCGGCAAGUUGAAGCCAAAGCCCAUUGAUGUGCAAGUCGUCACUCAUCACAUGCAGAGGUACGCUGUCUGGUUUGGAGGAUCAAUGCUGGCAUCUACUCCUGAGUUUUACCAAGUGUGCCACACCAAGAAAGACUACGAGGAGAUCGGGCCGAGCAUCUGCCGCCACAACCCCGUAUUCGGCGUCAUGUCUUAGGCGUCGGAAGGAACGCAUUCAGCGGAGGCCCGAGAAAAAAACAAAAACGACAAAAAAAACGGAGGAAACGCCGCAAGACCUCAGAUGCUGUGGAAGUCCCAUGAGCCUUUGCACGGAUGCUCCGACAGACCUGUUCAUUCGGAAAGAGCGACAGUGGACCAAACAAACUGCCAAAAGAGCGGCAACGUCCUCACACAUUAGAGGAAAGAGGUGACUCAGCCCAAAGGAUCCUCAAAUAAAAUGUUUACUGCAAGUAGGUUAAUAUUAGGUGAUAAAUCUUUCAUUUCUGCGUGCCUCGUAUAUGUACUUAUAAUAUCCUCACAGGGUUGUAAUAUGUAAUUAAUCAACAUGAGUCCUGUAUAAAUGCACCUCUCUGUGUAUAUGGGUUGGGUUCUUUCGAUAUGUUAUAAACAAGGGUUGUUUCGGGAAGCAGGACACGCUUAGCUAAAUCAUUUUCCACAAACGUCAUUAAAAUAAAACACCUCUUUGAGCAUAAAGUCUUCAAAAAGGUGCAAACAUACGAGACAUUAUUAUAUAUAUAAAAAAAACAAUCAUCAGAUAUACUGACCAUUCCUGAUUCUCUUUCGUUAUCUCUUUUGUGUCUGUUUUCUUUUUCUUUUAAUGUCCCUCAGUACCUGGAGGAAAUAUUUAUUUGAAGUCAGAUUAUUAAAAUAAGAAAAAUCCUCAAAUAUUAUUAAUCUGUUCAAAUAAUGUUUCCCCAGGUUUCACUGAUCUCUCUCCUGCAGCAUCUUUCCUUUUUACUUUUUUUUUUUUUUAAAUUUGUAUUAAUCAUCUCUUGAACAACCUGUCUUGGAAAACAAACAAAAAAGUCGUAUUAAUAUAUGAACAUGCAGUUUGAAUGACUGUUGUUGGACCAUCACUGUUGCCUAGAUCUCAGUUAUACUGGAUAGCCUUGUACUGUACCAAACCUGGAUUUCAAUGCUGGCAUUCAAAUAAAUGCCAAGGAGAUAUUU